GCCAGGUUAUAAACAGCAUGUUGAGGGUGAUCAUAGCCUCAGAGGGCGUAGGGAGCGCGGAGUAGGCUGAGCUGCGCUGGAGGUUCCUGUAUUCUUCUGUGUGACUACUCAGAAUGAUGAAUCAAGCCAGAGCCACAUUCUCGAACUUGUUUGGUGGAGAACCAUUGUCAUAUACCCGGUUUAGUCUGGCCCGGCACAUGGAUGGAGAUAACAGUCAUGUGGAGAUGAAAUUGGCUGCAGAUGAGGAUGAAAAUACUGACAAUAACAUGAGAGCCAAUGUCAAAACACCAAGAAGAUGUAGUGGAAGCAUCUGUUACAGUGCUAUUGCUGUUGCCGUCUUUUUCUUGAUUGGAUUUAUGAUCGGGUAUCUGGGCUACUGUAAACGUGUAGAACCAAAGGGUGAGUGUGAGAGAACAGAAGCCACGGAUGUGAUGAAGGGGUCAGAUGACCUGGAGCAAGAAGAGGAAGAGAUUCCUCAGCUGCCUUCUCGCUUGUACUGGGAAGACCUCAAAACUAUGCUGUCUAAGAAACUUGACCCCGCAAAGUUCGGCAGCACCGUCAAGCAGCUUAAUCAAAAUACGUACAUCCCUCGUGAGGCUGGAUCUGCAAAUGACGAGACUCUCGCCUAUUUUAUUGAGAAUCAGUUCAGUGAAUAUAAACUCAGCAAAGUCUGGCGGAAUGAACACUAUGUGAAGAUUCAGGUCAAAAGCAGCACUGCUCCAAACUCUGUGACCCUGAUUGAGACAGGUGGGAAAAGUGACAUGUCAUACCUGGUGGAGAAUCCUGAGGGUUUCGUGGCGUACAGUAAGGCCGCAACAGUUACUGGUAAACUGGUUCAUGCUAACUUUGGUACUAAAGAGGACUUUGAGAAUUUAAAAACUUCAGUGAAUGGAUCUUUAGUGAUUGUAAGAGCAGGGAAAAUUACUUUUGCAGAAAAGGUUUCAAAUGCUGCAAGCUUAAAUGCACUUGGUGUCUUGAUAUACCUGGACCAGGCAAAGUUUCCCAUCAUUAAGGCAGACCUUCCAGUCUUUGGUCAUGCUCAUCUGGGAACGGGCGACCCUUACACACCUGGGUUCCCUUCUUUCAAUCAUACCCAGUUUCCACCGUCUCAGUCAUCUGGAUUGCCUACCAUACCUGUCCAAACCAUCUCCAGACAGGCUGCAGAACAGCUGUUUGGAAAUAUGGAAGGAGACUGUCCCACCAGCUGGAGAACAGACCAUACAUGUAAGCUGCAGUCGAAACAGAAUAAGAAUGUGAAGCUCACUGUGCAAAAUGAGCUGAAAGAGAUAAGGAUUCUUAACAUCUUUGGAGUUAUUAAAGGUGUUGAAGAGCCAGAUCGCUAUGUUGUAGUGGGAGCCCAGAGGGAUUCCUGGGGUCCCGGAGCUGCGAAGUCCAGCGUAGGAACUGCUCUUCUGUUGGAACUUGCCCGGACAUUCUCGGAUAUGGUCUUAAAUGGUGGAUUUAAACCCCGCAGAAGUAUUAUCUUUGUCAGCUGGAGUGCUGGAGACUUUGGAGCCAUUGGUGCCACUGAAUGGCUAGAGGGAUACAUUACCUCUUUACAUUUAAAGGUUGUUACUUACAUUAAUUUGGAUAAAGCUGUUCUUGGUUCUUCAAACUUCAAGGUUACUGGCAGCCCAAUGUUAUACAAACUUAUUGAAAAAACGAUGCAAGAGGUGAAGCAUCCAGUUACUGGAAAGUCUCUAUACAAAGAUAGCAACUGGAUCAACAAAGUUGAGAAACUUUCCUUCGACAAUGCAGCUUUCCCUUUCCUUGCAUACUCUGGAAUUCCAGCAGUCUCUUUCUGCUUUUGUGAGGACACAGACUAUCCUUACCUGGGUACCACCCUGGAUACCUAUGAUAUGCUGCUGAAGAAGAUUCCUGAGUUGAACCAAUUGAUGUAUGCAGCAGCGGAGGUCGCUGGUCAGUUUGUGAUUAAACUGACCCAUGAUUUUGAAUUGAACCUUGACUAUGAGAUAUAUAACAACAAAAUGCUAUCAUUUCUGAGAGAGCUGAUGAAAUACAGAGCAGACAUAAAGGAGAUAGGGCUGAGCCUGCAGUGGCUGUAUUCUGCUCGUGGAGACUUCUUCCGUGCUGCUUCCAGGCUGAUGACAGAUUUCCACAAUGCUGACAGAACUAACAGAUUCAUCAUGAAGGAGCUAAAUGAUCGCAUUAUGAAAGUGGAGUACCACUUCCUGUCACCCUACGUGUCCCCGAGGGAGUCUCCUUUCCGGCACAUCUUCUGGGGCUACGGCUCUCACACUCUGCAAGCUUUACUGGAGAAUUUGAAGCUGCAUAAGGACAAUAAGGCUACUUUUAAUGAAACGCUAUUUAGGAACCAGUUGGCACUGGCUACUUGGACAAUUCAAGGUGUUGCAAAUGCCCUCUCUGGUGACAUUUGGGAUAUUGACAAUGAGUUUUAAUGUCAUAAGCAUAACUAAUUUAAGAACAACAGGGUAUUUUGGUUUCUAGACUUAUACUUGUUAUGCUAAAUUCGUAGGACUACAAAACCUAUGUUACAGUUCUAUCCAGUCAUCUUGAUAAUACUAGAUGUCUUUAGGCAGAGCUUUUAAUACCAGGUAGGUCCCUGCACUUCAAGUUAAAGUGAAAAACCACUUUAAAAUUUUUCCUUGAUUAUCUCUAGAAUUUAAGUGCUUUUUAAUGUAACUGCCUCUUUGCAUACUUUGCUGAAAAUGUGAGAAUCAGUUACACAAACUAUUGCUGUAAAUCCCAAGGACAUAGGCUGGUGUCUUUUGAGAUGGGAAGAAGGUGCUUUGUCCUGGAGGACAGAGAAGUGGCUCCAUGUGAUCCUCCAUUGCAUUUGGUGUUGGCAGCAGCUGCCAGAAGCAAGCCUCGUUCUCCAGGCAAAACACGCGCUCCCGUAAGGACUCAGCUGGUCUUGGCAUCCCCAAGUGAAACAGUUAGCCUUCAGAGAGAUAGGGCUUAUUUUCUUGCCAAAAAGGCCUGAAAUGAGAGUCCUUCCACUGGGUAGAGUGAGGUUCAAUUGUUUAUUGCUGGAGAAAGGACUGAAUGUGUGAGCCUCGAUAUCAUUCAGGUGGAGACCAGACACCAAAGACCUUUAGCGUAUUUUCUUCUGACCUGCUUCGUAGCCUUUCUUUAGUUCUUUAUUGUUGUUCCCCAGAGUUGUAAAAGAGAGCCCGUCUUAGGCAUUUAAUUUUAGACUUAGUUUGUCAGACUUUAAAGAACACCUUGCCAAAUUUGGCCAAAGUGUUAAUCUUUUGGUAAAGCUUUCUAUCAUUUUGGCACUGAGAUAUUUAUUUAUUUAUCAGUGACAGAGUUCACUAUAAAUGUUUUUUUUUAUAGAAGAUAAUUAUCGGAAGCAGUGCCUUCCAUAAUUAUGACAGUUAUACUGUCGUUUUUUUUUUUAAUAAAAGCAGCAUCUGCUAAUAAAACCCAACAGAUACUGGAAGUUUUGCACUUAUGGUCAAACUUGAGGAUCUUAGAAAACAGCCAAGCCAUAUAAAAUGGUAACACUAAGUAUUGGGGGAAAAUUAAAUUUAAUUAGGAUUGCUAAUCAAGAUGAAUUUCUGUUUAGCUGGCCAGCUAAAAUUGAUAGGUCUCCUAAAUGCAAUGAAUUCUGACCAUGUUAUAAGUGUCACUUAAAGGCUGUGUUAGUACUCAGAUAUACAAAAUUUUAUAGCUCAAUUUGUCUGUGGAAUAACUUGAACUCCAGUUUUGCAAAAUUUCCAGUACCUUUGUCACAAACCUAACUGACAUUAUCAGGAGCAGUGUCUUCCAUAAUGUAUAAAGAAUAAGGUAGUUUUUGCCUACCACAGUGUCUAUAUCGGAGACAGUGCUCUCCAUAUGUUACACUAAGGGUGUACGUAAUUAUCGGGAACAGUGUUUCCCAUAAUUUUCUUCAUGCAAUGACAUCUUCAAAGCUGAAGAUCGUUAGUAUCUAACAUGUAUCCCCGACUCCCUAUAACUCUCCUUUUACUUUUAGUCACAGAAACAUUUUGUGGUCAUUAAGCAUUUGGUGGGAUAAUUCAACUGCUUUAAAAUAGAAGUGCUACUUCCUUCAAAAUUCCUUUCUUCCUUUUUUUUUUUUUUUAAAGUUUAAUAGGGGUGUUUUGUUGCCUUUGUGGUUUAUCCACAUCUGUGUAGUGGGUAAUAGCAUACAUGUGUUAUGUUUGCUGUUGGUAAAUGAAUUCAACUCUGUCCCCUCAUUUGCAUGUUACCUAUAAACUUAGUUGAGGAAGUUUGAAUCUAGGGGUGAGCUUUUGGCUUAAAGCAGGGGAACUUGUAUAGGUUUGGGAGGCGGGGGGUGCGGGCUGUGGAGGUAAAGCUUGUAGGAGAAUCUUCAAUCCUGCCUAGCUCCCCGCUCUCAGGGGUGGGAGUCACAUAGAUAAGCAUAAAGUAUGAGGCUACACGAGUAAAGGCUUUAUUUUCCACUUCACCACCACAGUAAGCCUGAUAAUCAACUGUUGGUCUAGGACAGCUCUAAAUUGCCACCUAGAUGAAAAGUCAGUAUGUUCUUAAAUUACUCAAGUAAUUAGUACGACCCCAGUAAGUCCGUAUGUUCUCACUUACCUAAGUUAUAGUAGACUGCAGUUACUUUGCAGCCCUGCUGAACUGUGUUGCUAUUCAAUCUCUUAAUUUUCACAAUGUUUUUUAUUGGGCCAUUAUUCAGUGUUGCGACUUGCAAGGCACUGUGGGAAUCAAGGUCAUGUACUACACUGUAGUAAGUCUCUGAAAAACCAACCUUCUCUGUGAUUAGGGCUUGUUUCCAGUCAAAAAAGUCAGUCAAUUGUAAAAGGCUUCCUGUUCCGGAAGGAAAUUUGUACCUGACUAUGGACAGUCUGCUAGUCUUCAGAGAUUUUUUUCCUUGUUAAGAUACAUGUGAGUGGAAGGUGAAGGCUGAAUUGUGACCUCUGUCUUGAGGGACUGUGCUAGUGCUCGUGUGGCCUUGCUGUUUGUUCUGUGUAUGUGCUGCAUAUUGUAGGCUCCACCCUCCUGUAAUCAAGCUGUGCCCUGGCUAAUGUCCGCAGCCUGUAUGUGUGGCAAUGUGGAGAUUCCUCAUCUGAUUUAAUAAAAUGCUUGAAUACUUU